AUGAUUGCCCAAAAUAAUGUUCGCAGUACGAACAACGAUCCGGUAGAAUCUUCCGAAUCAUCGCCUAUAACAGGCGCCAGCAAUGGGGGCGCAGGGACAUCGCGCCUGUUUCGACAAUUUGGAAGCCUGUUUUCCUCAUCCGCGCCAGCGAACGAUCCGGCCGGUUACGUAGAGUUUGGUAGCAUUUCCGAUCCAGCUGCCAGCUCGGGCCGCACGUUGGGCACAUUUGCUGGUGUCUUCUGCCCGGUGGCACUGUCCAUGUUCAGUGCUUUGGUGUUUAUUCGCGUUGGAUUUAUCGUAGGCAACGCUGGUCUCUACGUUACACUGCUGCAGUUUAUCAUCGCUUAUGUCAUUCUGCUAUUCACAGUAUCCUCUGUGUGUGCGAUCUCAACAAAUGGUGCCGUUGAGGGUGGGGGAGUGUACUUUAUGAUAAGUAGGACACUUGGUCCAGAAUUCGGCGGUUCUAUUGGCACGUUGUUUUUCCUGGCCAACGUGGUCGGUUGCGGUUUGGCGAUAUCGGGAUGCGCCGAGGGAAUCAUACAAAACUUUGGACCCACCGACGGGAGCGAUAGUGGCUCGAUUCCGGACGGCCGAUGGUGGCGUUUCCUGUACUGCAGUUCGAUCAACACGCUCAUGCUGAUCGUGGUGCUGAUCGGCGCGGAAAUGUUUGCUAAAACGUCCAUGCUAAUAUUAGGCGUGGUGGUAGUGUGUCUGCUCUCCACUUAUAUCAGCUUCCUUACUCAAGGCCCAAUGGACGUCAACAUUCCACAUGAGAAUAGUUUAGUAAAUUACACCACCGCUAAAUACACCGGUUUGCAAGCGGAUACACUGUGGGCAAACUUGCACAGUAAUUACACCAAGGAUUACACAUCGAAUGGAAACCAGGUUAAUUUUGCGGUCGUGUUCGGUGUAUUAUUUUCCGGUGUCACCGGGAUUAUGGCUGGUGCGAACAUGUCCGGUGAGCUGAAGAACCCAUCGAAAAGCAUUCCCGCGGGUACGUUGUCAGCUGUGCUGUUUACAUUCCUGUGCUAUAUGGCGCUCUCGGUACUGAUAGCGGCCACCACGACCAGCACACUGCUGCAGAACAACUUCCUCUUCCUUGGACCGAUCAAUUUGUGGCCCACGUUUGUUACCAUCGGUAUCCUGACGGCGACAUUUUCGACCGGUUUAAGUAAUCUCAUUGGCGCCAGUCGCGUGAUGGAGGCGUUGGCAAAAGAUCGCGUCUUCGGCCCGCUUAUGAACUUCGUCGUCAAAGGCACUUACAAGAGUAACCCAAUUGCGGCCGUUAUCGCUAGCUGGGUACUGGUGGAAACUAUCUUGUUGAUCGGCUCACUUAAUACCAUUGCCCAAAUCAAUUCGGUGCUGUUUAUGUUGGCUUACCUCGCGACAAACCUGGCCUGCCUAGGGAUUGAGAUCACUGGAGCACCCAACUUCCGGCCAACAUACAAGUACUUCACCUGGCAUACCGCAUUCAUUGGGCUGCUUGGUACCGCAAUUAUGAUGUUUGUCAUAAACUCUAUCUACGCACUGUCCAGUAUAAUCCUGUGUCUUUUGCUUGUGAUAGCACUGCAUCUGUUCUCACCUGCAUCGCAGGGUGCCCAGUGGGGAUCGAUCUCACAAGCGCUGAUGUUUCAUCAGGUGCGCAAGUAUCUGCUUAUGUUGGACUCGCGGAAAGACCAUGUCAAGUUCUGGCGCCCUCAAAUGCUACUGCUAGUAUCGAGUCCCCGGUCGUGCUGUCCUUUAAUCCAUUUCGUGAACGACAUGAAAAAAGGUGGCCUGUACGUAAUUGGACACGUGAAGGUGGGUGAGUUUGUGGACAAUGAUUCUUCGCACGAUCCUACGAUCGAAGAGUAUACACAGUGGCUCUCGUUAGUGGAUCACAUGAAGGUUAAGGCAUUUGUCGAACUGACUUUGUCGAGAAAUGUGCGCGAAGGAAUCCAACAUCUCAUACGAAUAUCCGGCAUGGGUGCAAUGAAACCAAACACAACCAUUUUAGGGUUUUACGAUGAGGAACAAUCGAAAGAUUUCUUCGAGUAUGAAGAGUCACCUUAUAAAACAAAUGAGUUCGAUGGUAACGGAAUCAAGCUUUUCCCGUAUCGUAAAAGUGGUGAAACUAAAUCGCUGGGCGUUGUCGAGUAUGUUCGGAUUAUCGACGACGUGUUACGUAUGAAGAAAAAUCUUUGCCUCUGCCGUCAUUUCCAUCGCCUCGACAAACAGAUGAUAGCCCGAAACAAUCACAUUCGUUACAUCGAUGUGUGGCCGGUGAACAUUUUUGAGCCCAAAAAUGAGGACCCGUUCGACGUCGUAUCGCAGUUUAUGAUGCAACUGGCGUGUAUUAUCAAUAUGCUUCCUGUGUGGAAAAAACUUGAACUACGCGUGUUCCUUUGCGAAUCAGAGACUGUGUCAGAAAACAGUGCCGCCUUCGAACGUCCUGCCGAACACAGACUCGACCAGCGUUUGAAAUUAUUGAGAAUCUCUGCAUCUAUUCAUAAGAUACCUGAGUGGAACAAGGACAUUGAUUUCGCAAAACAUCGUAAUAUCUUGAAGCAAUUUACUGGCACUAGCGAUAGUAACCAAGUGAUGGUGGAAGAGAACAUAAACCGCUCGAAACUUUAUAUGCAAAGAAUCAACCAGAUUAUACGCGAUAAAUCCAAUGCAACGGCUGUGACAUUCAUGUAUCUUCCCACACCGCCCGCCACGCCGUCGGUCGAUUACAAGGAAAAGUGUCACCACUAUCUCGAUUUACUAACCGAGCUUACUUUUGAUCUUCCACCCACCAUACUGGUGCAUGGCAUCGAUGCCGUUACAUCCACCACCCUCUGAGAGCCAAACUGUGCAGCCUCUCAUACAUCGCGGGACGCUUUGUGUUGGAUUAGACAUUAUUUUGGUCGCUUUAAAGGGCCAUUUCCCAUUUCGUGAUGGCAUGACACUCCUUCGAUAGAUGUAGAACAUACAAACAGAGAACAUAUUUAAAGUAAACAUCCUCGUGUAGGUAGGCAUAGCAUCUAUCAUGUCCAUCCGUAAGCCGUAAGUAUAUGCAAAGAUCUUAAAAAGAGAAGCAGGGAGGAAAAGCUUUGAGUUUCGAAAACACAAUAUAUUUCUGUUUUUUGUUUUAUAAUCAUUCGUUGAUAUAGUAACAACAAGAUUUACUGAUGUGCACAAUCAGGAAAUUUUAUAGAAAGCACCAUUUCAUCGUAUGACCGUGCUGUCAUAUAAAGCAUGCGGUCCGUGAACGAGAAAUUAGCUGUUUUUCCGUGCGCCUCAAAAUACUUGCAACGGUAGUAUUAUUGGAAUGACUAAAUUAACUUACUCACGUAGUGCACUUAGCGAUCUACAAAAAUCCUUUACAAAGGAUGACUUUAGCAAACAAAAUAAAUGUGUUUAUAUUUGUA